UCAGGGCAGAUCGCUGCAGUGCAAGAACCAGAGGGAUGCUGAGGCCGAAGGUCCUCUAAAACAUCACAGAAGACUGGAUAUUUCUUCAGAGUUGUUGUUGUUCCAUUUUUUUUUGCUCGAGUUUUCAUCACACACGGAUUUUAGGCUUUGGGUUGGAAACAUUUAUGGGCCGCAGAUAGGACGCAGGACAGCUGACUCGCCAUGGCUUUGGAUGCAGUGUGGUUGAGGGUGAAGAACGUCUGCAAACAGAAUGGGCUCCUCAUCAUGUCGGUGCUGGCUGUGGUCAUUGGGUGUCUUUUGGGAUUCUUCCUGAGGACGCGACGCCUCACGGAACAGGAGGUGAAGUACUUCCAGUUUCCGGGGGAGCUGCUGAUGAGGAUGUUGAAGAUGCUGAUUCUCCCCCUCGUUGUGUCCAGUUUGAUGUCAGGACUGGCAGCCCUCGACGCCAAGUGUUCCAGUCGGCUCGGUUUGAUCACAGUGUCCUAUUACCUGUGGACCACCUUUGUUGCCGUGGUAGUGGGAAUCAUCAUGGUCUCCAUCAUCCACCCAGGCGGUGCAGCCCAGAAAGAGGACUCUGAGGAUAGCGGCAAGCCUAUCAUGAGUUCAGCUGAUGCUCUGCUGGACCUCAUCCGCAACAUGUUCCCAUCUAACUUGGUCCAGGCCACAUUUCAGCAGUAUCGAACAAGCAGCGAGUACACUUUGAUACCCAAGCCAACGGUGAGUCAGGCCCAAUCAGAGUCCACCACGCGGCGAGCGCUCAUUUAUGGCAUCCAGGACGAUAAUGGAACCGACGUCCAGAACUUUGCCCUUGACCUGACUCCGCCUCCCGAUGUGCUUGUUCGUAUUCGGGAAGGAACAAGCGACGGAAUGAACGUCCUUGGAAUUGUUAUAUUUUCUGCUACCAUGGGAAUCAUGUUGGGAAGAAUGGGACCAAAUGGCAGCGCCUUGGUGAACUUCUGCCAGAGCCUGAAUGAGGCCGUCCUUAGAAUUGUUGCUAUUGUUAUAUGGUACUUCCCGUUCGGCAUCGUGUUCCUUGUGGCCGGUAAGAUCCUGGAGAUGAGUGACCCCUCAGCCAUGGGGAAAAAGCUGGGCUUCUACGCCGUUACCGUGGUGUUUGGGCUGGUGUUGCACGGCCUGUUCAUCCUGCCUUCCAUGUACUUCUUCAUCACCAAAAAGAGCCCCAUCGUUUAUAUACGGGGAAUCCUGCAAGCCCUACUCAUUGCCCUGGCGACUUCUUCCAGCUCUGCCACAUUGCCUAUAACCUUCAAGUGCCUCUUAGAGAACAACCACAUUGACCGCCGCAUCAUCCGCUUUGUGCUCCCCGUGGGCGCCACCAUCAACAUGGACGGCACCGCUCUCUACGAGGCCGUGGCAGCAAUAUUCAUCGCACAAGUUAACAAUUACGAGCUGGACUUUGGCCAGAUCAUCACCAUCAGCAUCACAGCCACUGCGGCCAGUAUCGGUGCAGCCGGGAUUCCACAGGCUGGACUGGUCACCAUGGUGAUAGUGCUAACGUCCGUCGGCUUGCCAACUGAUGACAUCACUCUCAUCAUUGCAGUGGAUUGGGCAUUAGACAGAUUCCGCACCAUGGUAAACGUAAUGGGGGAUGCGUUGGCAACAGGCAUCAUGGCCCAUAUCUGCAGGAAAGACUUCAUGAAAGAAGGCGAUGGGGUCCCUUUGAUCUGUGAGCCCAAACCCGUGCUGAACACCCCCCUUCUUAUGAACUGCCACAACAACAACGGCAACUACCGCCCCCCUUCUUCAGGGGUCAAACACGAGCUCGUCCCCUCCGACGUGGCCCGGCUGAUGCAGCUGGAGGAGGGCGUCCGGCCGCCUUCUGAGAGGAAGGAGCCUCCGAUUCCUCCGAGGCACCUGAAGAAGAGCAAAGAGCACUGCAGCAUCGACAUGAAUGGCCUUGAGACCAACGUAUAGCCUCUUCCUGGAUGCGUCUGUGUGGAUGUCCAGAGGAGCGAGGACACUCUUACACGAGGGAUUAAAGCCCAGUCAGUCUCUUCUUCAUGUGUUCAUCUUAUUGUCGUGGCGGACAGAGUCAUCGGUGACAACAAGUCCCAAAAAGAGAGAAAGCCUCUUUGUGGGGAAACUACUUUAUUAUUAAAAGGCUUUCUGUAAGACGGGACAAGUCUCACACUGACACACUGGAUUUAUCACACCGAGAGGACAACAAUAUGAUUUUAUUCAGAAAACAUGUCCUCGGGGGAGAUCUGCGGCACCUAAAUCUUUGAUUUCAGGUACAUGCAUUGAUGGACUAACUUCCUAUUUGAUAUUUACAUUUUCUAUCAUUCAUGAUUUGAUUUUUGUUAAUAAAACAAGUCUUUUAUUUUAUACGACUACAAGCAACCAUCUAUAUGCGUUAUUAUAAGAGUCAAGACCAUGUUGUCUGGUUUUAGCUGAAUGAAGAGGAGGAAAAGUUGUAUUGUUUAAUUUUGCCUUAACGAAGCUGGUGGUGUUUGGCUUGAAAGGAUGACAGGGAGAAAACAAUCCAAAAUUAGAAUUUCCCUUGUGGUCAUGAUAUAACUGUGGUACAAGGGACAACGAUUCGUUUGAACAGCCACAUUCAAUUCAACUUUCCCUGCAGCCUAAAACAACCACAGUUCACCAUCGGCCGAGGGCUCCUUGAUGGUUGGUGGAGGGAAAUAAAUAUCACACCACACCUGAACUCUCUUUUUCUACAAACAUGAACUUACUUUGGAUCUAACAUAUUAGUCGACAACAUGUUGAUGCCAUGCGGUUCAUGGUAACACGUUACUCCUGCUCACACUGGCCAUGAACUGAUUGCACCCUAACAACUUUGUUUUGAGGCAGAAAAUAAACUUCCCGCCAUGGUGAUCAUUCACUGUCCAUUUGUUUAAAGGUUGUCUUUGUAGCAGGGGUUUUCAAAGUGGGAGUACUCCUGCCCAGUGGUUGCUAUUUCAGGUGAGGCUCAGUGAAUGGCAGCCUGAUCUCCAAAACCUGUUCGUAAAAAUGUAUACAAAAAUCUUGAAGAUACAAAUUCGUAGUGAUACAUACUAAAUAAAUACGGACUGCAACUGAUG